AGUGUAUGUAAGUAUGUUUGCACAAUAAUGUAGCGUUUCUGUGUGAAAAACACAAAGAAAUAAAUUUUCUUUUGUCGCUUUUCGAAAUCAAAAGAUACAUGAAUGUAGAUGAUGAUGAUGCUGGCGAAAUUGCUCUGAAUCAAUAAAUAAACUGAAGUGGUUAUACUUCUUAGACGGUGUCAGUGUCCUGCCUUACUCGAAUUCCCUAUCACGUGAAUAUAACCAAAAGAGGAAGAAUGGAUUGGCUUAUGGAUGCCGAAUACAACCAUUCAAAUGCUCAGUCAGCACUUCCUUGUGAAAACGAUACUGUGUGCCAUGACACUCAUAAAAAGAACCCUAGCCUUUUUUCACCUUAUCCUUUACAAAACAAGAAGCAGUAUAAUACGGAAUUCUGCUCACUAUCUUCCAGUGUUAUUCAGCUCAGAUGUCAAGGUGAGGAUGAGACUUUAACAAAUCAGGAUUAUAAAGCGAACCCUGAAACUUCCCCAGCAUUAGUCAUCAGUGACUUCAACGAUCAGUUAUACUGCAUUAAAGAGUAUUCUCACCGUUAUUCUUCAGACUCAUUAUUCCUACAGAAUGCAAAGACAUCGCAAUCCUUUGAGGGAUCAUAUAUACCAGUGGCAUACGACUCAAGUGGAGCUUGCUAUCUUUCCAGCAACAGUGCUGAUAACAAGAGGCGAAGAAUUCAGAUAAACUGUGCACAGAAAUCUUCAAUCAAUUCAUUCACGCACUCUCAGUGCAAUACUAUGCCCAUCAAUUACGAUGAGUAUUCCAUAACAAGUAGCUGCUUCGACCAUCAAGCUGACAGUAAGUUACAGAAACCUGAGACGAUCUAUCAACAACCACCGAUUUCCGACUAUUCUGCUCCCCUGGGAUAUCAAGAAGCUGUUAUUGACUCUGAUUCAAAGAGGAAAAAUGACGUGUUGGUGGGAGCGCGCACUUUAAUAUGUCGAUGGAAAUCGUGUUAUCUAGCUUUUACAGAUCAUAAAUCUUUUGUAAACCACAUUGAAACGUCACAUGUCGCUUCUCAUAUAUCUAGCAAAGAAUACUGUUGUUACUGGGAAGGCUGUCGACGUCAGCUAAAACCAUUUAACGCCAGAUAUAAGCUAAUAGUUCAUCUGCGUAUUCAUAAUGGUGAUCGACCGAGUAAAUGCUUAUAUCCUGAUUGCUGUAAAGCAUUUUCACGUUUGGAGAAUUUGAAAAUCCACAUGCGAUCGCAUACUGGUGAAAGACCGUUCAUCUGUCAACAAGACGGCUGUAAUCGCGCGUUUUCAAACAGUUCCGACAGAGCCAAACACCAACGUACGCAUAUACAUAUUAAGCCGUAUGCCUGUAAGGUAUUCGGAUGCACUAAAAGGUACACAGAUCCAAGUUCAUUAAGAAAACACUUAAAAUCUCAUUCCAUGCAGGAAUUCAGUGUACAAAAUAAAAACAGUACGAUGCAUGAACGAAUGUUAAUUAAAAUAAACAAUAUUUCUAAUCCAGUUACAAGCUGUUCUUCACAAGUGUCUGGUUACACCUCAAACACUAUGGAGAACUCAACAGAAAUAAAGACUGAUCCACGUCACUUUUUGAAGUAUAACUCAGAUAACAACAUCGCAAGUGACAUUAAACUAUCAUAUGACAACUUAGUUCCUACAGAUCAUGUGCAGAACAACAUACAAUAUUCAUUUCCUUAUAUCGUGAAUGCACAAACUGACACACGGAUGGAAAACAACAGUUACUUCGCCUGUUCAUGUAAUUCGUCUCAAGAACCCGAGUGGAAUGUUCAGCCACAGUUUCAAUCAAACUAUUACUUCACUGAACCCACAUCGUGGAAGGAUGAAGUUACUCCUGUGCUAUCUCCAUCUAUUUGGGAUGCAAAUAAAACAUAUAUGCAGAAUUUUAACACAAGAAGCCAGUGAUGAUUAUGAUUAAGGCCUGAUAUAGAGCUUUGAGUUCUCCUACAUGUCAGCAGUCUGAACAAUUAGAAUUCAGUUGGAAAGAGACUGAGUGCCAGUGAUUAUUCCUUUUACUUCUUUUCCUUCAAUUGUUUAUUGACUCAAUUGUCUUUCACCCGCUUUACUUCCCUCCACAUACUCAGUGCAAUUACUUCUACAAAAUAGAGUGAAAAGUAUUCAGUAAAAACAUUUUUUAUUUAAUGGGUGCCAUUAUUUUUUCACUGUGACAUAUUUUCUUUAACAUAUUUUCAUAUUGUUGCUGUUUAGUAAUUUACUGGUGUUUAUUUUGGAAUAAAAAGCCAGUUUUGGGCCCCAGUAGCCAGAUAAACGUUGUGGCCGAAACAAAUUUGCCAUAUGGCCCCCAUGUACCAACCAAAAUCACUUGUCAUCACUUAUGUUUAACUUGGU